AUGGUCCCCCAACUAGCGACGCCGUCCAAGCUCUCACAGCUAGGCCAUGUUUUGAAGAAAUAUAUGAAGUUCAUCGGGCCCGGCCUCAUGGUCUCCGUGGCAUACAUGGAUCCCGGCAACUACUCCACUGCUGUGGCUGCGGGCUCGGCUUACCAGUACAAAUUGCUCUUUUCCAUCUUCCUCCUGAACUGUCUAGCUAUUUUCUUGCAGAUUUUAUCUGCCAAGUUAGGUGCUGUCACGGGGCUAGACCUUGCUGCCAAUUGUCGUGAGAAUCUACCUCCAAAGCUCAAUCUAUUCAUCUACAUCUUGGCUGAAAUCGCCAUCAUCGCAACAGACUUGGCUGAGGUGGUCGGCACUGCCAUUGCAUUGAACAUUCUCUUCAAUCUUCCUUUGUUUGUUGGAGUCAUUGUCACUGUUGUGGAUGUUUUAGUGGUUCUCGCAGCGUAUAGACCCAACGGCCCUCUCAUGUUCAUCAGGGUAUUCGAGGGCUUUGUUUCUGUAUUGGUGGGGGCCACCGUGGUGUGUUUUGGUAUCGAGCUUUUCCAGGUGUCGAAGGAACCCAAUUUUUCUGCCAUCGAAGUGCUCAAAGGUUUCCUACCCAAUGAGAAGGUGGUGGACAUGAGCGAAAGAAAAGGUGGAAACGGACUUUUCCUAAGUUUGGCCAUUCUCGGUGCUACUGUCAUGCCCCACUCUUUGUAUCUCGGUUCUGGCCUCGUCCAAGCCAGACUUAAAGACUAUGACAUCAAACACGGCUUCCACAAGCCAGGAAAACCGGCCCAGGUGGCCGAGGCGGCGCCCCUCCAUGAGACCAAUGAUACCAGUGAAACUUCCAUCGACUUCUCAAGUAACGACUACGCUCAUGCCGUGGGAAUCGUUGAAGAGGAAGAGUGCUACAAGCCUUCUAUCCACGCAAUUAAUGAUACAAUGACCUACACGAUUGUGGAGUUGGUGAUUUCACUAUUUACCGUGGCACUUUUUGUCAACGCAACCAUUCUUAUUGUGGCUGGUGCAACUGUAGGCAGCAAAUCUAAAAGAGACGAUGACGAUGACUCCGACAAUGACUCUGAUAACGAGGGAGACGGCUCGGAGGGUGGCGACUUGUUCACCAUCUACAACUUGCUCUCCACUCACUUGUCUCCCACUGCUGGAUUCGUGUUUGCCUUGGCACUUCUCUGCCUGGGCCAAAGUGCUGGAGUUGUGUGUACAUUGGCUGGCCAGAUGGUGCUGGAAGGCUUCUUACUGUGGAGCUUUCCACCUGUCAUUAGACGUCUAGUCACUAGAGGAUUGGCUAUUGCUCCCUGCUUGUUUGUUGUUUCUGUUGCUGGCCGUGAGGGUUUGGCCAGCACCUUGAAUGCGCUGCAGGUUGUGCUUUCAUUAUUGCUUCCUACAGUGACAGCCCCAUUGAUCUGGUUCACAUGUUCCAAGGAGAUUAUGAAGGUGCCCAUAUUGGUUCGUGAAGGAGACGAAGACUGCGACACAAUUUACGAAACUGACGAAGUCGACCAACACGACCUGGCUACACAGUCUACAAUUUACAGCCCUAAGAAGUCAGCACGCUACAACGUCACCGAACCAGCCAUUCGCCUUCAAAAUCUCAAGAAAGCACAUCCUUGUGCCGGUUGGGAAGACAGCGAUGACGAGAUCCACGAACAGCAAUUGCUUGUUCCACCCAAUGGGGCCAGAUCACGGUCUCAUUCUAUUACUGGAACGGGAAUGAUGUCUACGAGUUCACGAGGAGCUUCUAACGACGAAACGUUCCAUGGUUUGGACGAAGAAGCAAACCUUUCAGGAGAUGAUGUGUACGUUGUACGUGGUUACACAGACAUGAGUAACGGCCCGGUCAUGACUGUGCUUGCAGUUCUUGUGUGGGGAUUUGUUACAUGUCUCAACAUCUUUUUGUUGGGAAGCAUGGUGCUUGGGUACGAUGUGCCUUUGUAA